AUGGCAUCGCUGCAAGAUAUCUACAGUGAACACCAUGCUGUGGUUUUUGGAAGUUCCGGAAUCAAUGGAUGGGCAUUAGUCAACCAGUUGCUCUCUGGAUAUCCUUCAGCCAAUACCUUCUCAAGGGUGACUGCCAUUUCCAACAGACCAUUCACUAACGAUGAAGCCAAAUGGCCCAACGACGUGCAUUCUCGCUUACAUAUCCUCUCUGGGAUUGAUCUGAUGAAAGGCGAUGAUAAUGCUCUUUUAAAAGAAUUGAGCGCCCAGAUUCCCUCUGUCUCAACUAUUACUCACAUAUAUUAUGCUGCAUAUCAAUCCUGUGAUGACCCAUCGGAAGAAUGUCGUCUCAACAAGGAGAUGCUCCGGGCGGCUGUGAAUGCACUUGAGAUUCUUUCUCCCAAGUUGACGUUUGUUACCUUGAUCACUGGAACGAAGGCAUAUGGCAUUCAGAUGCUAGAUAAUUUCCCAUUUAAAGAACAAGUUCCACUGAAGGAGGAUCUUCCUAGGAUUCCAGCCGAUUGGGCGAAAGACCUGUUUUACUAUCACCAAGUUGAUUUACUUCAAGAGCUAUCUCUCGGAAAACCUUGGUCAUGGUGUGAAGUCCGGCCUGAUGUGAUAGUUGGUGUUGCACCAUUUGGGAAUGCAAACUGUAUGGCGCAGACUAUGGGUAUAUAUCUUGGUUUAUACCGAGCUCUUGAAGGCGAAGGUGCACGCAUUCCAUUUCCUGGAAACGAGACAACUUGGCAGCUCUUAUCAACGGACUCUAACCAGGAUAUCAUUGCUCGCUUUUGCAUUUUUGCAUCCUUACAGGAUCGAAAGGAUGUUCACACUCGGGCUUUCAACAUAGCAGACAGUGAGACGCCAGCUUCAUGGUCUCAGCGCUGGCCAGUCCUUGCAGCAUUCUUUGGACUUGAAGGUGUCGGCCCGCAAGAGGCAAGUCCACAUCCAACAGAGUACAUAGAUCGCCACUGGGAUCAGUUCAAGGAGCUGUGUCAUCAAAAUGGUCUUCGCGAAGACGUUAUACAUAAGAGUGUACACAACACUGGAUCCAGGAUGGGGAGUCUGCGACUGAUGAGCUUCAAUCGCCCAUUUGACCUUGGCAGGGCAAGAGCUCUUGGAUUCACAGAGGUCAUGGAUGUUAGGACUUCGUGGUAUACGGCCUUUAAUCGUGUGCGACAAGCGAAGAUCAUGUUGUGA